AUGAUUGGCAUCAUAUCCUCGGACGGGAGCUUGUGGCAAGACAACCGUCGCUUCACCAUGCGGGUUUUGAGAGAUUUCGGAUUCGGGAAGACGGCUGCCUUGGAUUCCAUGAUUCAAGACGCGGCACUCGGUCUCUGCCAAUAUUUAAAAGAGAACAAGCACAAACCACAAGACUUUGGCCCUCGUCUCAAUCUUGCCGUCCUCAACAUCAUCUGGAAAAUGACUGCCGAUUUGAAGAUCAAAUCUACAGAUACGUUAUCGUUCAUUUAA